AUGAACCAAAAUAUUAAUGCUUCCAACAUAAUAACUGAUGAAGAAAAAGAUUAUUUAACUUUUAGAAAUACUAAUUCGAAUGAGAAUUGUAAGGAAACUUUAAAAAAAUUUGGAAUAUUAACUAUUGCUAUCGAAUUAAUCAAAGUUUUUAUUAGAAACGAAGGGAGAGGAAGUCAAACUCCCACCGGAGAAUUACAUAUCGACGGAGCCCGCACCGCUCUUUUUAGUUAUCUUUGGGCGAAAAGUAACCAAGGGCAAUUUAUUCUGCGGGUUGAGGAUACUGACCUAGAAAGAAACCGCGAAGAAUUAGCAAUUACGGUCCUUACCGACAAACGCAAAGAGUUGGCUCAGGAAAAAGAAGAAUAUAUAAAAACCAAGCAAAAAAGAAAUUACCAGUAUUCGCGAAAGUGCUUAAAUUUAUCGGAAAAUGAAAUCCAAUCUUUUUUUAAAGAAAAAAAGCCUUACGUUAUCCGCUUAAAAAUUCCCCAAGUGCAAAAUUAUUCCUUUUGCGAUUUAGUGCGGGGAGAAAUCAAGUUUCAAGGUAAAGAUAUUGAGGAUUUUGUGCUUUUUCGGCAAAGUGGUAUCCCCAAUUAUAAUUUCGCCUGCGUUGUUGACGAUUAUUUAAUGAAAAUUAGCCAUGUUUUACGAGGCGAAGAGCAUUUAUCUAAUACUGGCAAACAAUUAGUUUUAUAUGAAGCAUUUGGGUGA